AUGAUACCUUCCGCUGGACGCAUGAUUUUCUCUUUUCUGUUUCUCGUUACGUUUCACGUGCAUACAGCUCAGUCCGACAACACGGCUUUAGGAAUAGAAAUAAUCCGCGCUCACUUUCAGGGGGCUGGUUUGGUGCCAUCCCUGUUGGCGAACUUCACUCCUUCUGCGCUUCUAACCGCAACGUACGGCGGUGUUGGGAUCGUGACCCCAGGUCAACUUCUUUCAAAAUCUCAGACGCAAACUGCUCCAAACCUGACUAUCACGCCCGCCAACAUUACAACCUUGUUGAAUGGGAAGUACACUGUUGUGAUGGUGGAUGCCUGGGCUCCAGGGUAUAAUGACCCGCGGGGUCAGAUUUGUCACUGGGUUGUCAACGGGGUAACCAUACAAGACCACUCUGUAUCAACGCGCGGAAGUGUGGAGGUAGAACAGUACAGGGGUCCAACACCACCAUCCGGGAGUGGGGCACAUCGUUAUGUUAUCUUACUAUACGCUCAACAGUUCCCAACCGUCCCUCCGCCGCAGGGGUUCCCUAUCCAAAGCAAUGAUCCAGGAUUUUGCCGCCUCGCGGAUUAUGUCAAGGUCUCAAACAUUGGACCACUUAUUGCAGGAACCUACUUCACGGUCGAGGAAGGGACGGCUACUUUUACACCCUCUCCUACGUCUCCCGUUGUGACAUCCACUCUCCUGGCUUCGGGGUCCAGUGAUCCGUCAAAAUCUGCUAGCACAGAUGUUCAGCACAAUGGCGCAUUCUCGUCAUCAAGCAAUUACUUGACCAUUUUUCUCGCACCCUUUUUGUGGCUUGUAGCGUUGUAG